AAGAGCCGCUCUCGCGGCGAGGACGCGCAUCGGAGAGGCGUCCUAUCGGUCCCAGACCUUCGACCCUCGUCGCCGAGGGGACGUCUUUUUCCAAAGCGUCUCGCGAUCGCUCGAAUCGACGAACAGACGGAUUGGUUUUUCGGUUCGCGGCGCUCGGGACCGAGCGAGGCCGAGAGAGGCUCGGUUUCUGGAUGUCGGUGGACGUCGGUGUCGCGUCCGCCGGGGCGAGUGUAGGCCUAGGUGUAGGUGUAGGUGUAGGUGUACGUACGCGAACGGGCGCGCCGCGGCCGUUCUUGGCACAGUUUCUGGCGAUCCGCUAGCGAGCGCGUACACGCCGCUGGACCGACGUCUCCUCUUCUGCGCGUCGCUUCCCGAGGACCCGCGAGGUCCGCCGAAAGAGUCCGCGCCUCCAAAAGUGAGUUUCUACGACAUACCGGUCCGGCCAACCGAGGACCGCGAUGACGAGUUGCGGGGAAAUCGCGCGCUUUUGGGAACGGUCUCCCCGAAGGAGAUAUCCUUGACCAACCCGGGCCCAGCCCUUCGACGGUUAUCGAGUCGGCGUUCUAAUUUAAGCGACUACGGGAUAUCGAUUCCUCGAUUACGACCAGCUACGUCCGAUCGGGCCGAGCCUCGUCCUAAUUCUAGAAAGGGACGAGCCCUUGCGCUCGUCUUCUCCGAUCGAAAGGCUCUACCGGACCCUUCCCGAGUUCUACGUCGCAAGGGCGACCAACGGCUCUCCGCCGAGCGGACCGCGAAUCUUGGCCACCUAGAAAAAGAGCGCACCGGGUGAUCGAGCGGUUUCGCUUAUUUUUAACCGACGUUUACCGGGUGGCUCGCUCCCCGCCCGAGACGACCGCCAAUUCGAUGCGCGUCUUCGCGACCGCGCCCGGACCUGCGGAACUCCCAAAAGUCGCGAUCGCCCUGAAUCGUUUUCGCACUUCGAAAUUCGAACUCGUUCGAAUUUCCUGACGAAACGGCGGAUCGCGUUCCCCCUCUUCGAGGCGGUCGUUUCUUUCGCCGGGGCCCGAUGACGCUCGCGAGGUGAACCGGUCGAUCGACUCGCGAUUCCUUAUCGGGUGCCCCGGACCUCGGGAUCAUCUCGUGGCCUUUGGACAGUCGGAACUCGAUCGCUUCCGCCCUCGACCCCGAAGAAGGACCCGUUCCCGUCCGACCGAGCCCGGGAAAUCCCUCCCAGGAUGCAGCUGACGUCGUGCUGCAGAUGCUGCUCGCUGAAGACGGGGACGAUCUUCAGCGGAGUAUGCGGAAUCGUCCUCGCGGUGAUCGCCCUGAUCGUCAUCUUCACGGUGAACGUCGAGUGGAAGACGAUCAUCGUCGACAUCCUCGACAAGACGGCGGUGAAGAUCAUCUUCGCCGUCAACCUCUGCAUGACGAUCCUGAUCUCGACGCUCCUCAUCGUCGGGGCCCUCAGGAGGAAUACCUUCAUGAUGUUGCCCUGGGUGGUCCUGGGGAUCAUGCUCGCCGUCGCGCUCCUGGUCAGCGUCCUCUACACCUCGAUCAUGUUCUUCGUCAACCACGACGUCCUAAACGGAGCGCUCUGGCUCGUCUUCGGCCUCUUGUCCGUUGUCGUCUAUACGUACAUGUGGCUGGUCGUCUACAGCUACUUCCAGCAACUGCGGAUGGAGAAAUUCAACGGGAGGAUCGACCCCUACGGGAGGCCGUACAAUUACCGGCGGCCUUGAAGCCGCCGAGCCGCCAUUUUUUAUUUAUUACGACGUUGUAUUUAUUCCUGCGUUCCGACGAUUCGCGCAUCCAGCUGCGGUUCGGGGAUCGAAAUGCUAUUUGUAGAUACCCACUUGCACCGACGGCGAGUCCUCUUCACCGCAGCUCGGCGUCGCGACGUAUUCGCGUCUCCGAAGGAAGUAGAGACCUCGAAGCUCCUUCCGAGAAGCCUUCCACCGUUGACUUCGCGAUCGCUUUCUCGACCGAUACGCCCAUCUAAACCGCCCAACCCGACGUUUUCUAAGGACCGUUAAUUAACUCGAAUAAAUUAUUAUCGUUUUUACUCCGA